AGAAAUUCGAAUCUGUACUCGAAUGUGAAGACUCUGUAAAGAUUGAUAAACCCAAGCAGAUAAAAAGCGUAUCUGAUUACGGGGCAACCUAUGAGCUAACCGUUCCAAAGGACACCAAAUCCGGAACCGUAUUUACUUGUAAAAGAUAUAUUGAUGACAGUUAUAAUAAAUUCGCUACAUUCAAUUUC